UGCUACUGUACUCCUUUUGUAAAUUGGCUUGAAUCAGAUCCAAGUCAGAAUUGGAUGUUGCUACUGUACUCCUUUGGUAGCAUGACUAUUUGUCAUGUGAGAAUUGGAUGUUGCUACUGUACUCCAGUGGUAGCUUGGAUCGUUGCCUUUGACUUCUUUUCAGGUGAGAAUUGGAUGUUGCCGUUAUUGUACUCCAGUGGUAGCUUGAUAGGGGUCCGUCGAAUCAGGUUUGGUUGCUGCGUUUUACUUUACUGGUUCUUCGUACACCAGAAGUAGUUCGGCAGGAGGCAACUUUGGGUUCUGGGGGUUGGGAGUA